AUGCUGUCCUCCGCCGUGCAGAUCCUGGCGUUCGCCCUGGCGCUGCUGGGCGUCCUCGGCGCCACGGUGGCCACGCUGCUGCCCAACUGGAAGGUGAGCGCCGACGUGGGCACCAACAUCAUGACGGCCAUGUCGCAGAUGCAGGGGCUGUGGAUGGACUGCACCUGGUACAGCACCGGCGUCUUCAGCUGCACGCUGAAGUACUCGGUGCUGUCGCUGCCCGCCUACCUGCAGACGGCGCGCACCACCAUGGUGCUGUCCUGCAUGACGGCGUCGCUGGGGCUCUGCCUCGCCUCGCUGGGGCUCAAGUGCACCCGCUGGGGGGGCAGCCACCGGGCCAAAGGUCACACGGCCAUCGCCGCCGGAGGCUGCUUCAUCCUGGCCAGCGUCCUCUGCCUCGUCCCCGCGUCCUGGUUCACCAACGAAGUCAUCACCAGCUUCCUGGACGCCAACGUGCCGGAGAGCAGCAAGUUCGAGCCCGGAGGAGCCGUGUACGUCACCUUCAUCUCCGCCGGCUUCCUCCUGGCCGGGGGCUUCAUCUUCUGUCUGUCGUGUCCCGGGAAGAGAUCGGGGCAGCCGGACUUCUCUUCCUCCACCGACCCCGACAAACUGGUGCAGCAGCAGCUGCGUCAGGAGAAGCUGUACCGGGAUCAGCUGCAGCGCCAGCAGCUGGAGCGAGAGCAGCGGCGGCGCGAGGAGCAGCAGCGGCAGCAGGAGGCGGCGCCGGAGGAAGCUCCGCAGGACAAACCUCAGCACGAGCAGCAGAAGUACUACUCUCCCUCCAAACUCCCUCCCAAAGACAUCAAGGCCGGCUACAGCCUGCAGGACUACGUCUAG